AUGAAUGAGCACAGCUCCCGCAGCCACAGCAUCUUCCUCAUCAACAUCAAGCAGGAGAAUGUGGAGACGGAGCAGAAGCUCAGCGGGAAGCUCUACCUGGUUGACCUGGCCGGGAGCGAGAAGGGCAAGCUGCACGACCCCCAGCAGAUGGGCAUCAUCCCGCGCAUCGCCCAGGACAUCUUCAACCACAUCUACUCCAUGGAUGAGAACCUCGAGUUCCACAUCAAGGUUUCUUACUUUGAAAUUUAUCUGGACAAGAUCCGGGACCUGCUGGACAUGACCAAGACCAAUCUUGCGGUGCACCAAAAAGUCAGCAAGACGGGGGCUGAAGGGGCCGUGUUGGAUGAGGCCAAAAACAUCAACAAGUCGCUGUCGGCACUGGGCAACGUCAUCUCGGCCCUGGCCGAGGGCACGAAGGCCUAUGUGCCCUACCGGGACAGCAAGAUGACGCGGAUCCUGCAGGACUCGCUGGGGGGCAACUGCCGCACUACCAUGUUCAUCUGCUGCUCCCCCUCCAGCUACAACGAUGCCGAGACCAAGUCCACCCUCAUGUUUGGGCAGAGGGCCAAGACCAUCAAGAACACGGCGUCGGUGAACCUGGAGCUGACGGCCGAGCAGUGGAAGAAGAAGUACGAGAAGGAGAAGGAGAAGAACAAGGCGCUGAAGGAAACCAUCGGGAAGCUGGAGGCCGAGCUGAGCCGCUGGCGGAGCGGGGAGGCAGUGCCCGAGACGGAGCAGCUGAGUGGGGCCGAGGCAGAGGCCGGGACAGGCGAGGGGACAGGCGAGGGGAUGGGGACGGGACCUGCUGGCGAGACCCCCCUCAACGACAACAGUUCCUCCAUCGUCAUCCACAUCUCCGACGAGGAGCGCCACAAGUACGAGGAGGAGAUCCGCAAGCUCUACAAGCAGCUGGAUGACAAGGAUGACGAGAUCAACCAGCAGAGCCAAAUCAUGGAGAAGCUCAAGCAACAGAUGCUGGACCAGGAGGAGGUGCUGGCAGCAGCACGGGGGGGCGGGGAGGCGGCGCGGCGGGAGCUGGCAGCGCUGCGUGCCGAGCACGGGGCCGCCCGUGCCGAGGUGGCCGAGGUGCUGGCGGCGCUAGAGGAGCUGGCGCGCAGCUACGACCGCAAGGCGCAGGAGGCCGAGGACACCGGUCGCCACAACCGCCGGCUGGCUGACGAGCUGGCCCGCACCGAGACGGAGCUGCAGCGGGUGCGGGAGCUGGGCGGGCAGCAGCGCAAGCGGGCGGCCGAGGUGCUCAACGGGCUGAUGAAGGACCUGAGCGAGUUCAGCCUCAUCGUGGGCAACGGCGAGAUCAAGCUGCCGGUGGAGGUGAGCGGGGCCAUCGAGGAGGAGUUCACCGUCGCCCGGCUCUACAUCAGCAAGAUAAAGUCGGAGGUGAAGUCGGUGGUGAAGCGGUGCCGGCAGCUGGAGAACCUGCAAGUGGAGUGCCACCGCAAGAUGGAGGUGACCGGGCGCGAGCUCUCCUCCUGCCAGCUCCUCAUCUCCCAGCACGAGGCGAAGAUCCGCUCGCUGACGGAGUACAUGCAGACGGUGGAGCUGAAGAAGCGGCACCUGGAGGAGUCGUAUGAUGCCCUGAGCGAGGAGCUGGCCCGGCUGCAGGCCCAGGAUGCCCCCAGCCCCGUCCCUCUCCCCAUCCCUUCCCUGGCCUCAUCCCUGGCUGGAUGGAGGGGGCGCCUGAACCAGAAGCUGGAGCUGGAGCUGGAGAAGCUGCGCGCGGAGCACGAGGCGCUGCGGGGCGAGGAGCGGGCCAAGGCCGCCCGGCUGCAGGAGCUCACGUGA